AUGAAUAAACGAAUAUUAUCGUUGCAAGAAUCGUGUCUAAUUACGUUGCUUCGACAUCACACUUCAGUUGAAGAUAUAAGUUUUGUUCCGUACAGGUUAAUACAAAGUCUUUUAAGGAAAGUAAAGGCAGAGCAGCUUAUAAGACUAGAACUAACCAAUCCGUUAAUCAUUUUUGAAGACGAUGAAAUAUGGCAUAAUCUAAUAAAAAAGGAUUUUGAUCCCGAAUUUACUUACCAUUAUACAAGUAAAAAGAGCGAUGUAUUACAGUAUUUCAAACUCGCAAUAUCAGAUGCUCUCUCCGAUCAUCCUGGUGCAUCGUUCAGCAGCGAUGUAACCAUUGACGUAUUGAAAAAUUUUGUAGAACUGAUACUGAUAAGGAAUGAAUCAGGCUUAUAUCGUAUUCCUUGCAGGUUAGUAUAUGAGAAGUUAAGGGAAGAAAUAUCAGAAAAGGAUAAAAGAAUUGCUGCAAAAGUCCGUGAGACAACGCAACGUAUACAACAAGAGAAGAAACAAAUACAGAUAACGGCCAUGAAGGAACCAGGUUCAGUCUUAUCGCAUAGAUUAAAGAGUAAGCUUUUUGAAUCGAAAUCCAAAGUUUUCGUUGAGUCACUUAAGGACUCCCAGAAAAGACGACAGCAAUUCAAAGCAUCAACAGUUCGUAUAGAAAAAAGAGUGGUACAAAGGGUCGCAUUCGGUGGACAGGCUGGAGCAUCUGAUCAUAAGCACCCUCAGAUUUCCUGCCCUUCACCUGGAAAGAACAUCAUACAAAAUUCUACAAAUGAAACCUCCUUUGGUAGGGGAACUGGGCUUCCUACUGCUAACACGAUCGAUAGCAAUAUCACUACGACGGAAAGACCAAUAGCUCAAAAGAGGCGUAUGAGAGAACAGCCAAAAAAACAGAAGAAGUCACGUUUGUUUGGAUCCCAUAAAUUAUUACCCACUACACCAUCUUCGACACCUGUAUCUAAAGUAUAUAUUCACGAACGUUAG